AUAAUUUUUAUUUUUUUUUUAAAAAAAACUAUAAAAUACUUAUAAUUAAUUUUGGCUUAACUUGGUUUGAUUAAAGCCCCUUAAUUUUUAACUUGAUUCGUCAAUUUGAUCGGUUGCACUCCACCUUUGCCCGUUAAUUAAAGCCUGAGAGACCGUUGAAUUGGUUGGAUGCUGCGAGUGAAAGAACGGAAGUGAGUAAUGACGAGGCGAUCGUACAAGAAGGAGUUAGGAUCCAUAGCCUGCAAAGAAUUGGGUGAACUCGGAGCCGGAAAACCCGGUUGGGUGGUCGAUAACCCCAACCUUCUCUCCGCAAUCGACACUCACUCUAUCCUCCUUGCUAACCGUUCCACCAUCCUCCUCCUCUCAUGGUCCGACGAUUCCCACCAAUCUCCCCUCAGGAUCCGACCUGAAUUGUCCCCCAUCGAUGACGAGUUCAUCUCCGCCGUUGAAUGGUUGGUCUUUGACGACGUUCGAGUUAUCGUCGCUGGUACCUCCUCUGGCUACUUGCUUAUUUACUCCUUGCGCGCCGAAUUGAUUCAUAAGCAGAUGAUUUAUCCUGGUCGAGUUUUGAAGUUAAGAGUUCGUGGAACAAAGAAAGAUUUGAUUCAAGAUAGUUCCUCAGAAGAGUUUUGUCUUAUUAUGCCAGGUGUGAUUGCCCGUUUUGAUGGAUCUGUUGUUCAGAAUAUGCUGCAGAAAUGGUUUGAAGAAUCGCAUGUUCAAAUUUGGAAUCAAAAGCAAAAGGGCCAAGAUUCAGAGGAUUUUGAAAAUUCUCAAGUAAAAUUACCUUUCCAGUUGUGGAAUAUUGGUAAGUAUGGUACAUGUGCUGAUGCAGCCGUUACUGGCAUCAUGCCUCCACCGCUUAUGGAACAACAGUCGAGUCAACGUUAUUAUUGUGCUGUGGCUGUUGGAGACGAUGCUGUGAUUUCAGCAUACAGACUUUCUGAGGACAAAGGCAGAUCUUUAGUAGGAGCUAUCUUGUCUAAAGUUGUACCUGCAACUUUUUCCACUAUAGCUUCAUUUUCUAAAUUGAUUUGGCGGAGUGAACCUAGUUCUCCAGUGAAAUCCCCAAAGAAAUCGGAGUACAAGCCUCAACCAUUUGCUCGAGCUUCACCUCUGACCUGUAUAAAGGAUCAUCCUAGGAAAGGUGAAAAGCUUACCUUAUCACCAAGUGGUACAUUGGCUGCUAUAACAGAUUCACUUGGUCGCAUAUUGCUGCUUGAUACUCAAGCACUUGUGGUGGUGCGCUUGUGGAAGGGAUAUAGGGAUGCCAGCUGUUUAUUCAUGGAGAUGUUGGUGAAUAAAGAUAUAGCAUCAUCAAGCUCCACGUAUUAUGAACCAAUGAAGAGUGAUUACUGCUUGUGUUUGGCUAUUCAUGCACCUAGAAAAGGAAUUAUUGAGAUAUGGCAAAUGAGAACUGGACCACGUCUUAGAACGAUUGCAUGUGCAAAAGGUAGCAAAAUGUUGCAACCAUCCUAUAGGUUUGGUGCAUCAAUGUCCUCUCCUUAUGUCCCUCUAGAAGUUUUCUUGUUAAACGGGGACUCGGGUCAGAUAUCAGUUUUAAAUCGUACAUUGGAUUCUUGAUAGGUUUUGAUAUAUUUUUCUCUGCUAGACCAGAAACUAUGUAUUUCUUAGAAAAAAAGUUUGAUCAAUGAUCUACACACGUUGCAUAGAAUGUUAUAAAGCUUUCAUUAUGUUGGAAGGAUGACAUCAAUUGUGUGGCUUUAUUUGAACCUA